AGGUUUGAAAAGAAGAAUCGGGUCGGGUCGCAAGCCCUUGAUUGUCGUUGAAACUACGGUCAUUCGCUCGGACCCUCAUUCAGUUAUUCCUUCUCUAUCGAGUUUUCCGGUGAAAUGGAGAACCCUACAGCAAAUCAACUACCAGAAGCGGAUUCAUUGCCUGACGGAUUCGUUGAUAGCUCUGCAGAUCCUCUAACCUCUUCACCCCCAUCACCGGAUCAAGAAGAUCAAGCAACUGAUUAUAAAGAUGAGAAACUAAUAGAAGUUGAAUCCAGGCCUGAUUCGGUAGCGGACGACUUUCAAUCGUGUGAUGGUGAUGACAUUAGUGCUGAACAAGCAAGAGCGUUAACUGUAGAACUAUCUGAAUGUGUCGGUUGCGAUACACAAAAGUUGGUAAAAACGCCUGAUGAGAGUGAUGUUGGAUCACCGAAUUUGGUUUCUGAAAAUGUGGUUGGAAAAUCGGAACCGGAAUUGGCUCCGUUAACUGAUGGAAACAAGAGUGCCGGAGAAACAUGUCAAAAUUCAGGAAAAUCAAAUGCACAAGGAGUGGAAAUGCAAGCAGCCCAUGCACAAGGAACGUUAUCAACAGAGAACACUGGAACAAGCAGAAAAGAUACAUCUGAAGUAAAACGUAAAAGUGCGAAGCGUACAUUUAAGUCGGAAAAGGAAUUUUUGGAAUUCACUUUGAGUUAUCAGAAAGUUCUUUCUGAAAGAGAUGCAGCAAUUUCUAUGCGCGAUAAACUCGAGUCAUUGUGUAGGGAGCUGCAACGUCAAAACAAGAUGUUAAUGGACGAGUGCAAAAGGGUAUCAUCCGAAAGUCAAAACUUAAGGCUAGAGCUAUCGAACAAGUUUCAGGAAGCAAUAAAGGACGUUACCAAUAAGCUAGAGGAGCAAAGGGACGACAGUCUGACUCAGCUGAAGGAGAAUGAAAUGUUAAGAAACCAACUGAAGCAAAAGGAAGAUCAGAUUGUGCUUAUGGAGCAACAACACGCUCAUCAGUUGAAGCAGAAAACGCUAGAACUCCAAAUCGCAGAUUUGAAGAUCCAGCAACACGAAGAAAAUUUAGUCAAGGAACAGUCGCAGAUGAAAAUGUAUGCAGAGCAAGUGUCGCAGUUGUUGGCAACGGAAAAGAACUUACGGUUACAAUUAACAGCUGAUGGUGAAAAGUUUCAACAAUUUCAGGAUGCAUUGGUGAAGAGCAAUGAGGUAUUUGAGACGUUUAAGCAAGAAAUUGAAAAGAUGACAAAAUCAAUUAAGGAACUCAAAAAGGAAAAUACCUUUUUAAAGGGCAAGACCGAAAAGUCAGACAUCACUCUUAUACAACUUGUGGAGGAGCGUGAACGCAUGAAGAAACAACUGGAGAAAACCAAGAACCAGAAAGAAAAGCUUGAAUCGUUAUGCAGAUCACUUCAAGCAGAAAGGAAGCAGAAUCCAGCUGGCCAAAGCAAUAAUGCCGAUUCUGUACCUGUUUGAAUCUGAAAACAAACCUUCCGAGACAUUUAAGGUUUCAAUUUCUCAGUCUUAUGUGUUGUGUAUGGAGCUUAGUCAUGGGCUUCUUGUACUGUCUGUGUAAUUACGCGUGUGGGAUCAGAAACCGCUAUGAUUGAGCUCAAGCUUUUUGGCUUAGUAAUGAUCUUGAAAUAUUGAUUCUAAUUGUUGAUCAUAUGUGUUUUGGAAGUUCCAA